UGCUCUGCCUCCAAACGUGGAAGUGGGGAAAACAUGCUCAAACUAGUCUUGAAGGUGGAACAAAACAAAAACAACAACAACAAAAAAACAGGAUAUGCUGGAAAGGGUCAUGAGCCACAACUCUUCUGCCUAGUAAGCACGACUGGUAUGGGUAAUGGUGUGAAGGAAGGUCAAGUGGGUUUAAAACAGAAUGGCGUGGAGCCAAUUGUACCCACCCAUGUUCUAUCUGAGGGGAGCCCGGAGAAAAGGAAAGUGAUCCACUCCCUGAUGUCUGGUGCAUUGGCUGGUGCUGUUGCAAAAACAGCAGUAGCGCCGCUGGAUAGGACAAAAAUCAUAUUUCAAGUGUCUGCAAAAAGGUUUUCUGCCAAGGAAGCCUAUAGGCUGAUCUACCGCACCUACCUCACUGAGGGCUUCUUGAGCCUGUGGCGCGGGAACUCGGCCACGAUGGUCCGGGUGAUCCCUUACGCUGCCAUCCAGUUCUGUGCGCAUGAAGAGUACAAGCAGCUCCUGGGAAGCUACUACGGCUUUCAUGGAAAAACAUUGACUCCUUUACCCAGAUUCAUUGCUGGUUCGCUAGCAGGUACAACAGCUGCCAUGUUAACCUACCCCUUGGACCUGGUGCGAGCUCGAAUGGCUGUCACGCCGAAGGAGAUGUACAGCAACAUCCUCCAUGUCUUCAUCCGAAUCUCCCGGGAAGAGGGGCUGAAGACCUUGUACAGGGGCUUUGCGCCCACUAUCCUUGGAGUGAUCCCGUAUGCUGGACUUAGCUUCUUCACCUACGAGUCGCUGAAGAAACUGCAUGCAGAUCACAGUGGGAGAGCCCAGCCGUACCCCCUGGAACGUCUUGCGUUUGGUGCCUGUGCAGGCUUGAUCGGCCAGUCGGCUUCCUACCCUCUGGAUGUGGUGCGACGGCGAAUGCAGACAGCUGGGGUCACGGGACACGUGUACGGUUCCAUCCUGCCCACCAUGCAAGAGAUUAUAAGAGAAGAGGGACUAAUCCGAGGCUUGUACAAAGGACUCAGCAUGAACUGGGUCAAAGGUCCAAUUGCAGUGGGAAUAAGUUUCAUGACCUUUGACCUUACCCAGAUCCUUCUCCGUAAAUUACAGUUCAGCACUAAUAUUGAGAGGUAGUGGCGAACAGGGGAGAAGUACAGUGGAAGUCUGUGUGUCUAACAAACCCUAGCACUGUCCCAUUCUGUUAGUGCUGCCCCCACUGCUGAGACUUUACUUUCUGUUUUUUCUCUUCUUUUUUUUUUUUAACAAGCCUCUGAGUUAUCGCCAAACCCAGACAUGCAACUAAACCUUCACUAAAAUGGGAUUCUCCCUGUGGUUCUCGAUGACAGCAGAGCUGCCUUCUCUAGAGUAGCUGCCUCUUUGUGUUUAACUCUUUGAUACACACUAAGCUAUUGCUGCCUUCUCUCCUGGGCUCAGUGGGUUGAUGAGGUGGUGUGGAUUAUAGAAGAGGGGCUGUCAUGCUGCCUGGAUGGAGCUGGAAAUCUGGGAGGUGAAAGGUGUUCCUGCCAGGCAGUUCUUAGUAACUGCACAAUGGUAAGCACCCUGACAAGCAGUAUUUCAGUGUGAGUCUGCAAUGAACUGCACACGUGAGUUGAGAGGGUUAAUCGCCUUUGAAAUGAAACACCCAGUAUUUAAGUUGUUUAUUUUAAAACCAUUUUUUUUCUCCAAAAUUUGGACGUAAGCUCUGGCAGGAAGUGUGGAAGUGUUCCUCCCUUCAGAUAUCACUCAUUCUGGUUUUACUUUGUGUUCAACAAAACAUCCCACCUCAGCAAUGCCCUUCUCUCUAAAAUCAGCAAAGACUGAGAGUUAGGAGAUCAGCUUUCAAUCUGGAAUUCCUGUGCCUGCAGUCAUAAACUGGAUUCACUCGAAGCAGUAUUGCUUUCAGGCUACUUUAGAAAUCUCUCUAUCCGGAGUUGUUGUAUUUUUAAAAGCAGUAUUUUCAGAAGGAUUUAGCAGCUUGCAGUAUUAAGACCUGGAGAUUAAGAGGAGGGAGUGUUACAUGCUCAAAGUUUUAACCAAUAUCUUUCAUUACUGUGGUUGCUGCUUAAACUGUAGUGUGAGAAUAAACUCUGCGGGGGGCACGCCUGUGAAUAACCUUUCAAGGUGGCUGUUUUGAAUGGGGUCAACCUCCUCUUUAUCUAAAGCUGCUAGCCCUGCUUUGGAACACCCUUGGUGUGCACACACUCUGUUGAUCAUGUCACCUCAGCUGAUUACCUUUGAUUCCAGUAGUUUAUUCUUAGAAUUAUGCUGGACCAACUUGGCUUGUAGAAAAUAGACCCAGUUUGCCAAGAGUCACAUAAUUGUCACCCACUGGGGAUCGUGCCAGGUGUGCCAGUCCUUCCCAGCUGCAAGUCUAAAGUGAACCCCAAGGCACCUUUUGAGUGUGACAGGUCAGUGUUGAUGAUGUUUUGGGAACCAGACCUUUGAGAGACUUGGAAGGGUGAGUGGCUUUAUUUUAAACUUGGAGCACCAGAGAGGUGGAAGAAUUGUCCAGCCUUCUUGAAUGACCCCAGUGUCUCCCCGCUCCCAGGCAGUAUACCUCUCUGCUGCUUGUGUGGAACAGAGACAGAGCAGAAGGUGUAAAUAGGUUGUAGUUAAAAUCUGUCCCUUCCUGACAGAUGUUCAUUAUUGUUCAAACCUUGUAUCAAGUUCAUUCGUCAGAAUGAAGAUAAUUGCCAUUGGUAAAAUUAAACCCCUCUUUUCUUUGGUCUUUGCACACACUCUUUGGAGCAGAACCUGCCUCUAAUGCCAAAUAUUUUCCUAGUGAUCAACGAGAAGCACCUACUCUGGCCCUGGGUUUUUUAUCCUCGUGUGGGGUUGGCCAGAGAGUCUAGACCCUGGAGUAUUGGUAUGCACAUUCUUCUGCUGGAAAGUGUAGUGUCAGUAUUGUGCUACCAGCAGGCGCACAGAUAGGACAUAACCUCUGUGAGGUGUCUGACACUUCUGGCUUAAAGGCGAUAUCCAGUGUAAACUCAGUCUGGUCACGUCAGCUAAGUACAAAGUAAUUGAAUUUUAAAAAGAUUUUUAAGAAACUGGAAACUCUUGUGACAGAUGAUACAAAUGAGCCCUAAAAGAACAGUCCUCGCCAUUGGUGGGAGGCGAGUCCAGCCAGCAUCAGGUGAGCGAAAUUCUUUAUAUUGGUGGCAGGCACCUUUGCACAAACUCUGACGCUUUCCUUUCCCCAGUGGAAAAGCUGGUUACUUCUGUCUUUCUCCCCAUUAUUGGAUGGGGUUCGGGGGGAGGGAGUGUCAGGAUGGCAGCAUGAUGCCCUGAAUGGAGAUCCCAGAGCACUGGCACUUGUGUUAGCGAUUAGAUGUACCUUGGAUGCUAUCAGGCUCUCCAUGUGCAGAGACAUCCUGUGUGGCGGGUGUGCUCUCGCAGAGAGGAGACUCCCUUGUCUGCAUGGUGGUCUGGGUUAGACAGCAUCCUGCUGGGCGGUGAUAUGACCACUAGAGGGGGUCGCCCAACUCAGCAGGUAGUGAAUGAGCUGCACCUGCCAUUUGAAGAUGGACUCUCGUUUAGGGGCCUGAACCCCCU